AUGACAGCAGCACACCUGACAGGUGACUUCAGCAGAGUCACGCCUUCCUGCUCAGACAACUUGUUCAACUCUCUCACUGGUGUGAAGUCACAGUUGGAAGAAUCUCACCAUGAAGCUGCUCGUUUGUCUCUCUGCGGCAUCGCACCGCUCAACACAAAGAUCGUCGGGGGUGAAGACGCUGUUGCCGGGGCUUGGCCGUGGCAGGCCAGUCUGCACAGAAAUGGCAGGCAUUUCUGUGGAGGAUCUCUGAUCAACAGCCAGUGGAUCCUGACUGCUGCUCACUGCUUCCCCUCAACCAGCCUGGCUAAUUUGAUCGUUUACCUCGGACGUGAGACACAAGACAGUGUGAAUUCCAACGAGGUGUCCCGCUCAGUGACCCAGAUCAUCAAUCAUCCCGACUACAAUGACAAUACCAAUGACAACGACAUCAGCUUGUUGCAGCUCUCCUCUUCCGUUGACUUCACCAACUACAUCAGACCUGUGUGUCUGGCGGCGGCGGGCAGCGUCUUCGCGGCCGGGACGAACACCUGGGUCACCGGAUGGGGGGACAUCCAGAGCGAUGUGUCUCUUCCUUCCCCGGGGACGCUGCAGGAGGUGAACAUUCCCAUCGUGUCUACCACUGUGUGCAGCAACUCCUACACUCUCACAAGCAACAUGAUCUGUGCCGGUCUGACAGAAGGAGGAAAGGACUCCUGUCAGGGGGAUUCAGGCGGUCCGCUGGUGAGCAAAAAUAACACCCAGUGGGUCCAGGCCGGCGUGGUGAGCUUCGGACGGGGCUGCGCUCUGGCCAACACCCCGGGAGUCUACGCCAGAGUGUCCCAGUAUCAGUCCUGGAUCAACAGCCAGAUCACCAGCGACCAGCCGGGCUUCGUCGUGUUCGCCGGCUCCUCCACUUCCUCCACCGGAGGCGCUCAGCUGGUGUCCUUCUCAGUUCCUCUGCUGCUGUCUGUGCUACCCGUCCUCUUCUCCCUCUUCGUGCUCUCAUAA